GUGGUUGCAUCGACCUCGAAAUAGGAUGACCGCUGGUUGACAUGUACGCAAGGCGUGUUGUGCUGCACAACUUUUCUCGAAUGUCUGCCUCCACAGCGCUUCACACGAAAUGCCGCAAUUCAGCUUACCCGCUGGCGAACGGAUUGCAGCGUGUCCUGGUCCCAGAUGAAUAUGUUGAUUGGCGAAUUUCCUGGGCUGCCUAUCAGCCCAUCAAUUAUACUGAUCCAAAGGUACAUGGGAAAAGCUGGGCAGACCCCGAUAUCCGAACGUCACCCGAAAUAUCUCUCAAAUUCAAUGCGCUUGAUGGAAAGGUAGAUCGGACAAGCUAUAUGGGUCUUUAUCAGUUGAACUCUGAGGGUCUUCCUUUGAAUCCACGAGGCCGGACAGGUAUAACUGGUCGUGGUUCCCUUGGUCGAUGGGGCCCGAACCACGCUGCGGAUCCAAUUGUGACCAGAUGGAAAACCAACUUAUCAGGCGAGCGCGUUUUCGACCUCGCUAGCAAGCGUUUUGUCCUCCAAUUUGUUGCUAUUCAACGCGGCGAUUGUGGAGAGUGGGCUUUUCCUGGAGGUAUGGUUGAUGCUGGAGAAAAAUGCACCGAUUCGUUACGUCGAGAGUUCGCCGAAGAAGCCCUCAAUUCAAACGAAUCCUCUCCCGAAGAACUGGAGACACUGAAGAAGUUGAUCGCUGAAUUUUUCGUAGACGGAACAGAGAUUUACAAAGGCUACGUUGAUGACCCCCGCAAUACAGAUAACGCCUGGAUGGAGACCAUUGCAGUGAAUUUCCAUGACGAAACUGGUGAUCGUAUUGCAAAAUUCGACCUUAAGGCUGGGGAUGAUGCCAAAAAAGUCCGGUGGAUGGACGUUGGAUCUGAAAUAAACCUCUAUGCCAAUCAUCGGGACUUUCUGGAGCUAGUUGCUACGAGGAGAAACGCGAAGUGGUGAAACUGCACCACGAAUGCUCCUCACCAUUCUUAUUUUCUGUGAUACUCCAUAUAAAUCUUGACUGCAGUUGUGAUCCUGAUUUUACUUUGCUAUACAGCCGAAUGUUGAUGGACU